AUGUAUGUCGACGCGUGUGGAAAGGUCGGCAAUUGGACAAAGGCCGUGGACGCCCUCGCCGUCCACGCGUUUGACCGCCUGCGCAACGACGGGAAGACUGUCGUGUAUGAGCGGGUCGUCGACGCGUGCGUUAGGUGCGGCGAGUUGGAGACGGCGGAGAGCCUGGUCGCUAGGAUGAGGAAGGAGGCUGUGCCGCGGUCAGAGCAGAUCUAUGUUAGCUUGGUGAAUGGCGCCGCGAAGGCCUCUCCGGUGGACCGUAGUCUGCGCAUUCUCGACGCCAUGAGGCGGGACGGCUUUGUGCCGCAUAAUAUCCGCAUGUACAACGCCCUCAUACACGGUUGCUCGCAUGGAGGGAGGCUACGCGAUGCGAUGCGCUUGUAUGACACUAUCGAGAGGGAGGGCAUGCGCCCGAACUUGGACACGUUUAACGCACUCCUGGCGUGCUGCGCCCGCGCCUCAGACCCGGUGCAAGCCUUCGAGAUGCUGAGGAGGAUGCGCGAGGAAGCGGCGAUCACACCGAACGCGAAGACGUAUAACUGGGUCGUUGUCGCGUGUGCGAGGGUUGGCGAUGUCACGAGCGCGUUCAGGGUCGCGCGCUUGAUGCGUGAUGACGGUAUUCGCUUGAACGUUGUUACUAACAACAACCUCAUCGAGGCCUGCUGCAAUGCCGGAAGACUGGAGCGCGCCUUCGUGCUGGUCAGGACCAUGAUCCAGGAGGAGAGGGUCCGCCCAAACUCGCAUACGUACAACACCUUGAUCCGAGGCUGUGGCAGGUGGGGGCAGCUGGACGCCGCCUUGCGCAUGCUCAACUCCAUGCGCUCGGCGGGCGUCUGUCCGACCGUCAUCACCUACUCCGUUGCGGUCGACGCCUGCGCCAAGGCGGGGGGCGCCGUCGCUCUGCAGCGCGCUUUCGAACUCGUCGACGAGAUGCAGGAGAACGGGCUGGAACCCAACGUCGUCACGUACAACUCCCUCAUCCAUGCCUGCGCCAAGGCGAAGGACGCGGACAAGGCCUUCGCCGUCUUGGCACGCAUGCGCGAAGAGCAGGUGAGACCGGACACCGUCACGCUGUGCUCGCUUGUUGACGCCUGCGGUCGCGCCGGACAGGUCGCGCGCGCUUUUCGAGUCAUAGAGCAGCUGCCGGGGGAGUGCCCUUCCGUGCACAGGCCGACUGUUCCUGUGUACAACGCCCUCAUCAAUGGCUGCGUACGGGCUGGCGACAUCGACGGCAUGGACAUGGCAUUGCGGAACAUGACGCGGUAUCAACUUCGCCCCAACGUCGUGACCUUCUCUACUGUCAUCUCGGCGUAUGCUGCUUCUGGGGACCUGGACAAGACGGGCGCCGUUUUGCGGGACAUGAAGAGCGCGGGAUACCAUCCUAAUCAGCUCACGUUUACUUCGAUCAUCGCAGCUUACGGGCAUCAAGGUAGGAUCACAUCCGCGAUGGAGAUGUUCGAGGAGGCCAAACGGUCAUGUGGAGAGCCUGAUGAGGAGUUGUACACCUCUGCGAUCGUAGCAGCGAUUGUGGGAGGUUGUGUCAACCUCGCGUUGAAGUUGGAAAAGGAAAUGAAACGCGCUGGUUACGUGCUCCCGUCCGUGCUCAACGGGAUGAUGCGACGUGUGGGUGAUGUCGAGCGCAGUGGAACGGAACUGCGAAAUAUACUCAGGGCGAUGGAGGCCUUGAAGAUAUGUCCCCAGCGAGCAGCUUUAGAGUCAUUGAUAGCUGCAUACGCCAAAGACGGUGACGUGGCAGCUGCAUUUGAGGUCCUGCCAGAUAUGGAACGCCAUGGCUGUCCCCCCAACCUGCAGACGUACAAAAAGCUUAUCCAAGCUUGCGCCGAUAGCGGCAGCGCAGCUGAUGUUGAGAGAGCGCGAUCGCUUUUCAUGAACCUACGGUCCCGCAUUCCAGACGACGACUAUCGACUGCAUUCCUACAGCUGGGUAGAGCUCUAUGAGGCCAUGGUGAGAGCGGCGGGCGGCGACGACGAGUUGCAAACUUCGCUGCUUCAGCGAAUGGCGAGCGACUGCGGACCGGCCAAGGCGCAAGACCUUGCCAGUCGCCUUGUCUCAACUGGAAAACGGGCUAGCGAGGAACUGAUGCAACCCUCAUGA